CUGAGAUCCUAGCUCUGUAACAGAAAACACCACCACUUCAGCCCCAGCACAGCGGAGAACCACCCAGCCUAGAACUCACUGGGACAGGCAACUCUCCUGCUCCUUCCCUCCACCAUGGAGUACCUCUCAUCCCUAAACCCCAGUGGUCUGCUCAGGUCAGUAUCCAGUAUGAGCUCUGAGAUUGGCCGGAAAGUCUGGACUUCAGCUCCACCACCCCAGCGACCUUUCCGAGUCUGUGAUCACAAGCGGAGCACCCGGAAAGGUCUGACAGCUGCCACCCGCCAGGAACUGCUAGACAAGGCACUGGAGGCCCUGCUGCUGAGAGGGAUGCUAACACUGGUGCUGGAGGAGGAUGGGACCGCUGUGGAGAGUGAGGACUUCUUCCAGCUUUUGGAGGAUGACACAUGCCUGAUGGUGCUGGAGUGCGGGCAGAACUGGAGCCCCAGCAGGAGUGGCAUGCUGUCAUAUGGCCUGGGCCGGGAGAAGCCCAAGCACAGCAAGGACAUCGCCCGCAUCACCUUCGACGUAUACAAGCAAAACCCUCGAGACCUCUUUGGCAGCCUCAAUAUCAAAGCCACGUUCUACGGGCUCUACUCCAUGAGUUGUGACUUUCAAGGACUCGGCCCAAAGAAAGUACUCAGGGAGCUCCUCCGUUGGACCUCUGCACUGCUGCAAGGCCUGGGCCAUAUGCUGCUGGGAAUUGCCUCCAGCCUUCGCCAUGUAGUAGAAGGGGCCGAGCAGUGGCACUGGCAGCAGCAGGGUCGCCUCCAUCCCUACUGAGAAGGGGCUCUGAGCUGCUUUCUGCCCCUAGACUCAUUCCAAGAGACAUACUGUGAGGACUGUGACAGCAUUGGCUUUGGAGAUGGGAGGACAGUGCAGAUGAGAUGACUCACCGGAUUUCCCCACUGUCUUCUGACCCCACUGUUACAGGCCCCAUCAGCAUAAGGCCUUCCAGUCUAGCCUAUACCCUUUCCUGAAGAAUGCUGUUCCCUUCCCAGCCAUCUUUCCGGCCUCCCACUUACCCUGAAAGGCCACAGGCCCAUCCCCCAAGCAUCUCAAUUCCACCCUGAUCAUUGCUACAUCUAGAUUCUUUGCACCUCCUCCAGUCCCUAAGCUUCCCAAUGCACUGAAUUCAGCCCUCUUUGACUUUGUCUCGAUUUCUUUAUACCCUUCUCCCCAAAAUAACAAAAACAUU